AUGCAUACUGAUGAUAGGGCCCAUGGUGCGCAUCCAAACUUUUGUGGCCAUAAUGGUGCUUCGUCGUCCAUUUCUCUAGAAAAUGUGAAGCAUGCCACCCUGUGUGGUUUGUCGGCAGCGGCAAUUAAGUCUAAACUCUUUGCGGAUCAGGAGGAACGUGAAAUCCAAAGACUAGUUGCUACCAUGAUAAAUCAUCAGUUGAAGAGGCUGGAGUUAAAGCUGAAGCAGUUUGCUGAAGUCGAGACCUUACUUUUGAAGGAAUGCGAGCAAGUGGAGAGAGCCAGGCAGAGGAUUUCAGCUGGCCGUAUCCAGGCGAUGCGAGCCUGCUCAAAUCCCCUGGAAACUUGUCUGCCCACCAGUGGCAGUAGCACUAUGUCACCCAAUCCAAUGAAUAUAAGCCCUAGACCGUUGGCCGUGCCGCGUUCCAUGGCUGAAGCUACGGUACAAGCGGCAUACCCUAAUAACAUGCAGGGGCAGGGGCAUCCACAAAUGCCGUUCGUGCAGCGGCGGCCACAGAUGCUCUCGUUUGGGCCUCGCUUACCGUUUUCAGCUAACCAAACUCAGCCACUUGCACAGGCGCCGAACAUUAUGUUCAGCUCUGGUGCAAUGCUCGGUUCGGUAACUCCAAAUCAUCAUCAUCAGCUGUUGAGGUCGUCAUCUUCAGGAAACAAUUCUACUCUAGGAUAG